AUGAAAUAUCACGCCCCCAUUCUUGCCCUGCUUUCUCUCGCAACCUCAGUAUGCGCAGAACAAGAACCCUCCAAUCUCGGUAUCUCCCCUGUCCCCAAAGGGGUCCUCCCAAUGGGCUCCAUGGGGUCCCCAGCUCCUUCCGAUGGUAAAUUCACCGCCUUUGCCGACCGAGUUCCCGCCGCCGCAAUGCACAAACGACAAACAUGUGCCACGGCCGGUACGUACAUGUGCGCCAAUACUUUCUCCUGCUGUCCCGCUGGCUAUGACUGCGAGUCGGAUGGCGUGCAGAAUUGGUGUUGUCCUACUGGCCAGCUCUGCUCGGGAUCAUUGCAAUAUUGUCCCGCUGGGCAUACUGAUUGUGGGCCCAUUAACGGUGGGGAUGGAUGCUGUCCUACUGCUACCUCGACUUGCUACUACCAGAGUAGCACGAGCCGGUAUGGAUGUUUGGAGAAAGGUAGUGGUGGCAGUAGUGGCGGUAGCAGCGGUGGUAGCAGUGGCGGUAGCAGUGGUAGUGGAUCAUGUUCGAGGUCGGGGUACUUUCCUUGUGCAGAUCUGUCUGGGUGCUGUCCGAACGGGACUACAUGUGUGUCAGGCGAGAACUACUGCCAGAAAGAUUGUGAUCGUGGGGAGACGGAGUGUGCCGGCGGGUGCUGCCCUUCAGGAUACGCAUGCGACGCUGUACGGGAGAGCUGCAUCAGAAAUGGCGGAGGCGGAGGUGGUGGGCUUGGUGAAAGCACUGUGCAGGCAUCUACAUCUAGUAGAGUGAGACGUACUUCGUCGACGACUUCGUUCGCAGCUCCGACACCGACUGAGACAGGUGAUUUUAUCUUCUCAGAGGAGACUCCUUUUUCUACUGAGGGGUCAACUACUUCCACGAGGGCGUCAACCACACGGUCAACGGUGCCUACGAGCACAGUGGCUCAGGUAAUUGCUGGGAAUGGUGGGUCUGGCGUAAGAGUCCCGGUGGUGUUUGGAUUGAUGAUUAUUGGGUUGUUUGCGGUCGUGCGUUUAUAA